CGCGGUAAAGUUUACCAAGCGCAGAAAGACCAGGUACAGAAGAAAGCCAAGCUAAAAGAUAUUUUCUCGUCGGAUUUUGUCGUUGCAUCUUUACCUGCCUCAACGUCGUGCGUGAUCGCUCGUCCUCAUAUACAUAUAUAUGAUUUAUAACAUAAGAUGAAAUAGAAGCUAGUUACAAUAUCGUGGCAACUGCAAUAUUGAAUUUCAUUUAAGAUGUCAUCGCCGUUCCUGGUUGAUUUUUGUUAUUGUGCCACCGUACGCUCUCCUUAGCUUUUCUCAUAUUGCUGUGCAUCAGCGUCUCCGAUACGGUUCAGCGUGGGUUCUCUGAGGGUAUUACGUAUCGCAAGGCUAUGGAAACAACAUCUAUAAUUCAGAGGAUGCCGGCCAGGAAAGACCGUUGUAAUGACGGAGGGUGAAGUGCGGGGCCUUUGCCUGAAGUCACGGGAGAUUUUCCUUCAGCAGCCGAUCCUGCUCGAGCUGGAGGCCCCACUUAAGAUCUGCGGCGAUAUACACGGCCAGUACACCGAUCUGUUACGGCUGUUUGAAUACGGCGGCUUCCCGCCGGAAGCGAAUUAUUUGUUCCUCGGGGAUUACGUAGACCGAGGUAAACAAUCGCUGGAAACGAUAUGCCUGCUGCUCGCGUACAAGAUCAAAUAUCCAGAGAAUUUUUUCUUGUUGCGCGGCAAUCACGAGUGCGCCAGCAUAAACAGGAUAUACGGGUUCUACGACGAAUGCAAGAAGCGUUACAACGUUAAAUUAUGGAAGACGUUCACGGAUUGUUUCAACUGUUUACCGAUCGCGGCCAUCAUCGACGAGAAAAUCUUCUGCUGCCAUGGCGGCCUUAGUCCGGACCUUCAGAACAUGGAACAAAUCAGAAGAAUUAUGCGUCCAACAGAUGUACCUGAUACUGGCCUUCUUUGCGACUUACUGUGGUCGGAUCCUGACAAAGAGGUCCAGGGUUGGGGAGAGAACGACAGAGGCGUUUCGUUCACGUUCGGUCCGGACAUAGUGUCCAAGUUUUUGAACCGUCACGAUAUGGACUUAAUAUGCAGGGCGCAUCAAGUGGUCGAAGACGGUUAUGAGUUUUUUGCGAAACGGCAGCUGGUCACGUUGUUCUCCGCGCCGAAUUACUGCGGGGAGUACGACAACGCCGGCGGAAUGAUGAGCGUCGACGAGUCUUUGAUGUGCAGUUUUCAGAUAUUGAAACCGUCUGAGAAGAAAGCUAAAUACCAAUAUAUAGGAAUGAAUACCGGGCAGGGCGCGAGACCGGCCACACCACAAAGGAAUCCAGCCAAAAAGAAAUGACAGCCUCGUCCGUAUUUUUUACCACUAUUGGAUCCCCAUGCCAGGCAGAAGAAAUUCAUAAAAAUUUAUAUCGAUGAGUAAACAAUAACGGGCGGGUGAGGAACUCUAGAUAGUGGUGUUUUAUCGUCAGAAGUUGUUUGUGAUCGUUGAAGACUUUUUAAAACCUCUGUUUUAACCUUCUCCCUUGCGUAUGAUUUUACGUGUAGAUAUAUAUUUUUUAAGUAUAUCAUUCUGUUGACUGAUUAGUGAUUAAAAACAAAGCAAAACGAAAAAAAAAACGAAAAAAAGAAAACAAUCAAACAAGUAACCAACCGUACAUUCGUAGGAAAACCCUGUCCGAGUGUGCUUGUUGUUGUAACGGAACAUCUCUAAAGAUCCAGAAAAAAAAAUGGAAAACUAAAAACAAACUUCGUACUAUGCCACUACAUUUUUUCAUGAGUAUUAUACUUUUCGUGUUCCACCUUGGAGAUAUAUGUCAAGGGAAGAGGGGUACGAUUUACCCCUUCUCUUGACAGCGUUAUCAGUAAGAUAAAGUAAUAUGUUACAAUUAAAACGUGACGUUUUCUUUUUUCAUUAACAUAAUCCAGGGAUCGUUUCUUCCGUAUACCGUUCGGGUUCUUGUUAUUAUUAUUAAAUUCAUCCCCGUCCAACCGGAUGCCGGGCGGUCCUUGGUCCUCAUCAGCGUUUACAAAAACGACAUUCUCAUUUUUUGACUAUUUAUUGCUUUCAUGUAAAAUGUUCUAAUGUAAUUAUUAGGCUACGUUAAUUGUUCUUAACAUUUCUCUCCGUUACUUCCGAUUAUUGUCAUUUCGCUUUCGCAGCUCACUUUAAUUAUAUCGUCUUUAAUAAGAGCGCCGACUACACAACAAUGUAUAUAGUUACUAAUUAAUUUCGCUUUGUUCCUUUGUCCCUACCUUUUUCUUUUCUUCGUUCUGUCUCGCCCGCGCGACGACCGGUUUUUGGAGUGAUUUCAUGAUCUUCGCAGUAUUUUGAGAUACCGAGAGCACCUUCCAUGGUACGUUGUAGAAAUGUUAGAUACCGUUUAUUCUCGAACGAUGAAAACGAAGGAAAUAAAAAGAGAUAUGAUCAGAAAGCGCGAGAGUGAGAGAGAGAGAGAGAGAGAGAGAACCAGUAUUUUUAAGACGAUGUCACUAUGCAGAUUACUAUAUGCCUUCCCGCGAAGGAUAAUAUGCGAUUGAUUGCAAAGGUGGAUUAUGAGGAAAAUAAUAAUCAUAUUAAUGAUGACAAAAAACACUAAUUCUCUAAGAUACAAAAUUGUAUGUACUAAUAAUUUAAGGAGCCGCCGUUAAGAAGGGCGGCCUCCAGCUACUAAGAGAUUUUAAUCUUGCGAUAAAGUGAAAUAUAUGGAAUCGUUGAAUGAAAA